CACGGCCCUGAGUGGCCGACACAUCAUGUCACAGUUCUCUUUUCGAGGAUCGCCAAAUCUACAGUGUCCUGUGACAGUGAGCUCGUCGCUGACGUCCUCUUCGGCCUCGCCAGUGUCCGGUACGAUCCUGAGCGCAGGCGGUUCGUCGUUGGUCAGCGUAGCGGGCACCACCACGAAUCAUCCCCUGGGCGUAGCUGCCGGUCUGUCGAACGCGAGGAUGGCGGUGACCAGCGCGGUGGUUAGGCCGCCAGGCAGUCCUACCACCUCGGUCAGCCCGUCUCAGGGUCAUCCGCCGCCGACGACCGGCGGCCCGACGCCGACUGGAAGGUGUUGCGACACCGGAAGACCGCUAUUCACCGAUCCGCUCACCGGUCAAACCGUCUGCUCCUGUCAGUAUGAGCUUUUGGGCGGUUAUCAACGGCUUGGAGCGAUACCGACGGCCGCGCUCUCCAUGUACAGCGCGCCUUACGCGGCUGCGGCCGCCGCCGCCGCCUCCGAAGGCAUGGCCGCGUACUUCCCGAGCCUGACGGCCGAACAGGCGCCCUUCUACACGCCCACGGCUGCUGGCCUCGAUCUGAAGGAGAAUCUCGGGGCAGGAGCCGCGGCAGCAUGGCCUUAUCCAUCCGUGUACCAUCCUUACGACGCUGCCUUCGCCAGUUAUCCCUUCAACGGCUACGGCAUGGAUCUGAACGGCGCGAGACGGAAAAACGCGACGCGCGAAACGACGAGUACGUUGAAGGCCUGGCUGAACGAGCACAAGAAGAACCCUUAUCCUACCAAAGGCGAGAAGAUCAUGCUGGCCAUCAUCACGAAGAUGACCCUGACUCAGGUGUCGACGUGGUUCGCGAACGCGCGGAGACGUCUCAAAAAGGAGAACAAGAUGACCUGGGAGCCUAGGAACAGGGUCGAGGACGAGGACAACAACAACGAGGACGACGACAGCGGAAGAAAGAGCGUGGACGAGAAAGACCGGCUAGAUUCAAAAGACUCUGGCACCGGGUCGAGCGAGGACGGAGAACGACCAACUCACAGGAUGGAACUUCUAGGCACCAGCGGAGGAUCCACCGGUGUCCAAGGUAGAACCGAGAGCGAAUGGAGCGAGUCACGGGCGGACAGCGGUCCGGACAGUCCAGAAUGUCUGUACGAUCAAAGAGAGCCCAGGCAUCCUUUGCAACUUCAACAUCCGGCGUACCUAACCACGUCUCACGGUCGACUGUUGCGCCACCCGUCCCCGGAGAGUACGCCUCCGAGUAGUCAUCAUCUUCCUCCGAGUACCACCGCCUCGUCCACGGGCAGCGGUGUCACCACGAAGCCUAGGAUCUGGUCUCUGGCCGACAUGGCGAGCAAAGACGGCGAACAACAGAGUCCUACACCGACAACGAUGACCGGUCUCUCGUCGCCUUACGGCGGAAGCGGCGGAGGUGGUGGAGGAGUCGCCGGUGGAGGCGGUGGAAAAUUGGUGAGCCCUCUGGCGAGUCGUUUACCACCCCAUCAUCCCCUUCAUCCCGCGAUGCACACGGGAACGCAGUUCGUUCGACCUCAUCCGGACUUCUAUCGGAAUCUGUACGGCGCCUCACACUUAGGCUCGGGUGACAUGUCCCUGUUGGAGACUUAUUCGAGGACCUUGGGCGGCCUCGGUGGAGUGAUGCCACCAUCCACCGCCCCGAGUAUACUUACGUCUUCGUCGUCAGCUGUGUCGGCUAGUGGUAAUGUUAAGCCUUUCUCGAUUAACGGCGGCAGCGGUGCUCCUGGUGGACCAGGUGUGCUAUUAACGACAGUUACCUCGGGCUUGUCACCCUCGUCCUCGUCGACAGCGUCCUCGGGCGGGUCGGAACAGUCGCCCCAUCCCAGCGGUAGUCUGUCGUCCACGCAGGAACUGAAAUCCCCCGGACGAGUGUGA